AGUGUCUUGUCGCAUUUGCUUUGACUGGCAAUUUCUCCACAUUUUCAGCAACCUAACGUCUUUAAAAUGUACUUUUUGAUACGAGGAAAGUAGUAAGUGAAUUACAGGCCGCUGUGCAAAAUCUUUAAGUAAUUGGACUUUUGCGUGCUCGCUGGGCUGUGAUGCAAAGUUCAUUUUCUGCUGUUAUGGUAGUUCCUCACCGUAGUUUUGAAGGGAUGGGGGAAACUUUUUGGGCAGCCAGAGAGGCAACUGAAACUGUUUAAAUUACAAAGACCCUGCACCUGCUAAUAGCUGACAAGACAAUUUCCGUUUCGUGUGUACUGAGAUGUGGACCAUUGUGAAAAUAACAAAAGUGCUGGAGCAUUUAGUGCUGAAACUUGGAAGGAUGUUAUGACUGCUGUAUGAAGUGCCUGGGAGGAGUGCCCUACAUCUCCCUGGUGGCCACACUCCUGUGUUUCUCGGGGAUAGCUCUGUUCUGUGGCUGUGGCCACCAGGCCCUCACAGAGACGGAGAGACUCAUCGAGACUUACUUCGCCCGCAACCUCCAGGACUACAUUACACUUGCUUACCUCAUUCAGUACUUUCAGUACAUUAUCUAUGGCCUGGCCUCCUUCUUUUUCCUCUACUGCAUCGUGCUGCUGGCUGAGGGCUUCUACACAACGAGCGCCACCAAGCAGACCUUCGGAGAGUUCCGGAGCACCAUGUGUGGACGCUGCCUCAGUAGCACGUUCAUUCUGAUAACCUACCUUCUGGCGGUCGUGUGGCUGUUGGUGUUUGCCUUGUCUGCCCUGCCUGUCUACUUCUUCUACAACAUGGAUGCCACCUGUCAGACCAUUACACUCCUCACCGAGACCCCUGCUAGCAUCAACCAGCUAUGUAUUGAUGCUAGGCAGUAUGGGCUUCUACCGUGGAACGCAGUGCCAGGCAAAGCUUGUGGAAUUACCCUGUCCAAUGUCUGCAAAACCAGAGAGUUCCAUCUGACCUAUGAGCUGUACAUUGCCGCGUUCGCUGGUGCUGGCAUCACACUCUUGGCUCUGACACACUGCUCCCUAUACCUGGCUGUCCGACGGAUGUACCUGAAGGAAGGCAGGAGAGUGGAGACAGAGGAGAGGAAGAUCUACAAUCUGUACGGGAGACUCCAAAAGGAUAGAGAAGGAGGGGGAGUACCCCCGUCACCUUACCCGCCCCAAAUCCUGUCAGAUAGUCUACCCACUGAAUGAUUUCCAAUAAGCAGGUGAUCUGGGUCAGAAAGGGACCUCUGUUAAGUUGAACAAUUCUCAUUUGCUCUUCAUCAUUAUUUUCCCCAAGCCCACAUCCUUCAUUUUGUCAGCUGAACACUAUGAGUGCUUUGGUUUAAUGAAAAUAAAUGGAGCUUCCUGCAGAAUAGAUCUGCGGCUUUGGCGCUUAGCUAAGAUUUAGUUUGUUUUGAAGCAAUUUAGCUGCUUAAUAGAUGAUCAGGCCAGAUUAAUUACAUUUGUUUCAUGUUAAAAUAUAGAUUGUGUAUCUAUAAAGAACCAGAAAGGGUUCAAGUAAUACUUUCAACCUACGUGACUUGCGUUCAUGCUUAAAUUCCUAUUUCGAGCUUGAUCGGUAAUGAUUUAUUUAGUUGUACACUAGAAAUGUUUGCCAAAAAAACAUAUUUGGCCUUGAUUAUUAUUAUUUUUUCAUAGUAUGAAAUGUCACCAUUUCAAAUGAACUGUUUUACUUUGACCAAAUCCACUCCAUUCAUUAUUUGUGUAACAGAUGUCUGCCGACUGCUGUCAUAUACAUGUCAUGGUGAAAUGCUAAAAAUAAAUGUGCUAUUCAUGCAUGUACACAAAAACCAAAAUACUGACUGAAAGUAGCACACAC